GGACAGAAAGAGAGCAGCAGAUAAGAGAGAACAAUAACAAAACAUGAGCUGAAGUGUGAUCAUCCCGUUUUUUCCAGCAGCAGCAGCAGAAAAAUUCCGUUUCCCGGAGAUUGAACCGUUCGAUCGUCGCAAUUUUUGGACAGCAGCUUCACAGCAUCAGGGCCAAUAUUCUGGACGGUGGAGAUUGGGUUUUGAGUUCUGGAGGUCGGGUUUCCUUGGUCUGGACAGUAGCUAUUUUUCUGGUGAUAUAUUUCUUAUCUUGGCUCUAUUUGAUUUCAUACACCUUGAUGUUCUUACUUCCAAGGAUAUGAUGAUGUUGUAUGCCUCUAGUAUUAUCUAGAGAAGAUUUUGUACUGCUCCUUUGAUGAUGAUAGUGGAUUUAAGCGGCCAAAAUGGUCCCGUGGUUUUUCCCUAGUUAACGGGUUUUCCAUGCUAAAAUUUCGGUGUCUUUGUGUGGUGUGUGCUUACUGUUUUAGCUCAAUAUCUUGGUGCAUAGCAGUGGUAUUGUGUAUGUUCUAAUUGCAUUAAGAAUACCCUAUUUGUUUGCAUCCUCAAAGGUUCAUUCAAGUUGGGAAAGUUUAGCCAAAUGGAGAUUAAUUCCGCAUUUUAUUAGUUACCGUUUGAGGCUGUUUUUCCCUUCAUUACUAACCUACCAUUCUAGUUUCACAUAUGAAAUGAUUUUGUACAUAAAAUAAAUUAGUUUUUUUGUAUACAUGUAAAUUUUCAAUUUAAAUUAAUUCUAGGUAUAUGUUUGAUUCUUCCCUUAGUUGAUUCAUUUAUAUAUUGGUAUAAUUUUGCACAGAUUACAUAAAUCAUGUUAUAAUAUUAUUUAUAACAAAGUGAAAUUUAAUUAAACAAUAAUAUCAUAAUGUUUAUGUUUUUGUUGCUGUAAAAAAUGUUUUUGUAUAGAGAAUAUUUUGUUAUUUAUAAUUAAUUUUACAAUUUCUUUCUUAAUCUGAUUAGUCUAAUUUUUCUAGUGAUUUUUUUUAAUCUAAGGUGAACUCGCUCCCGUUGGCGUAUUUUUCUGGAUAUGCCACUGGUGCGUAGCAUGCAUUAUUAAAAGUUCAAUACUAGGUCUUAGUCUUAGUCAGUUCAAUAGCUCCACUUCUAAAACAUGCAUUUUUUUGAACUUUUUAAUCUAGUUUAUAUGCAUUAUUAAAAUUUCUAUCGGAUGUAGGGCAAGCUAAUGUCUUCUCUCCUAGGGCUGCGUUUCACCGCUGGGUUGCCUUCCGAAUUCGAUCGAGUUGAUCGAAGUUCAGCUUUUGUUCUUGUUUUUAUCUUUGCUUAGUCCUCAAACAUUGUCUUCUCAGCUCGGCCACUGUGUGAAAGAGGUGUUUGUUCUGCUCGUUGUUUUGCUUUUCGGUUGGGAUAGAGUGACAGGAAGAGGGUUAUUCCAAAGGCUUGCAGAUGGAAGAAAUUGUUAACAACUACAAGAAGAUGGCUAUUGGGGAGCCAGAUAACGAACUCGAUUUUGAUACAGAAGAAGCUGGUGAUGAGGAAGUGACCGAUGCACGGAUUGGCUUUCCGGUGGUUGGUACGGUGAUCUCCGAUCGGAAGGUUAAUUUGCAGGCACUUCAGGAUGCAAUGACUUCAUCUUAGCGUCCAGGUAAGGGGGUAUCCAUCAAGGAAAUCGAUGAAAAAAGGUAUCUCUUUACUUUUAUUCAUGUUUUAGAUAUGAACCGUGUGCUGGAAGAUGGACCUUGGGUGUUUGAGAGAGAUUUAGUGUUGUUGAAAACAGUUCAGCCAUAUGAUAUCUCUGAAAAACUAAUUUUAUUAGAAGUAGACUUUUGGGUUCAAGUGCAUAAUGUUCCUAAAAAAUUUAGAAAUCUGAAUUAUGCUAAGCGAAUUGGGAAUUUUAUUGGCUCUUUUUAUAAAGUUUGAUGAAAACAGUUAUGGAGACAAAAGAAAAUCUUUCUUGAGAAUCAGAAUCUGUAUGGAUGUUAGGAAGCCCCUGAAAAAUGGCACUUCUCUGAAAAAAGAAGGAAAGGGACAUUGGGUUGAUUUCAAGUAUGAGAAACUACCCAAUUUCUGUUUCAUAUGUGGGAUGAUUGGACAUUCGGAUAAGUUUUGCUUGUUACGAUAUGAGGAAGGAAUUAUUAUUGAAAUUUUUUUGGAGUUGAGCUUAGGGCAGGAGGAGGAGCAAAAACUACUCUAGCAGGUCCUAAUAAGUGGCUUGUACAAGAUCUUGUAAGCUCCAAGGAAGCUGGACAACAGAAGAAGCAUGAACUCGAGGAGACACAGUCGGCUGGGACAGGGGCUAGUGCAUCAAAGCAAGUAGCGCGCGGGUGAUGUGGAAGGGGAACCAAGAAAGACUAAGCGCAGGAGAUUAUGGGAGGACAAGCUUGAAGAGGAUACAGAGGACGAAGGCAUGGCGCUUGAUGGACCAAACAAUGGGGAGGCAGCGGGUCAGACCUCCUAGACCCGCCGGUAUUGCAGGGGAUGUCUUUGAUUAAGAUUUCGAGUGCUGGAGUUUAUUUCAUUCUAUGUCUUAGGUUUUACUUCCACAGAUUUUCUAUUGUGUUUUGUUUUAAUUUUUCUAUUAUAUGUGAAACUCGUGCAUUAGGUUUGGAGGUUAAAAGGUCUGCGGUAGGCGUCGUUAGCUUUAAUUUGCCCAAAUUCGGUCUAGCGAGUUAUAUUGCUUUGUUUAAGGUGAUUAACCUAGAGUCUCGGCCAUGGGCAGAUGGUUAGACGCGGUCCUUUCACUUUGCCGGCAAUGGUGCUACCCAUACCGACAUACAGGUUGCCAUGCAUACCAUGUCUCUCUCCGCCGGACGAAAAUUGGUAUAUGGAUAUUGAGGCUAUGUUUCACAUGAUGCCAUCUUCAGGUACUCUCACUCCCUAUUUUAAUUUGAGCACUAAUUCUCCCAUAUUGGUUGGUAAUGGCAGUUCACUUCCAGUCAUGGUCACGCCACCAUACCUACAAAGUACAAAUUCCUCUCCCUUACUGUUGUUUAAAGUACUCCAUGCUCCACGUUUAAUCAAAAAUUUAAUUUAUGUUCAUCUAUUUACAUUUGAUAAUAAUGUCUCUGUGGAAUUUGACUUGUUUGGUAUUUCUGUGACGGAUCUCCACCCAGUUUCAAAUGGACCAAGUCCUGCCUCUCACACCCCUUCGGCUAUGAUGCAUGUCUCCGACUGAAUUUGGCACAGUCGGCUAGGCCACCCGGCGAUCCAAUUUUUAGCUUUCUUAGAUCCAAUAAUUUUAUUUGUUGCAAUUCAUGUCAAUUAGGGAAACACAUUAAACUAUCUUUUACUUUAUCUCAGUAUGUUGCUCAUUAUCCAUUUGAUUUCAUUCAUAGUGAUCUCUGGACAUCCCCUGUUUUAAAUUCUACUAGUCACUGUUAUUAUGUCUUA